AUGUCAGCGUCCAUCACUCAAGACAUGGUUGGAAAGUACAAGAAAGCUGUAGAAGAUAACGCUCGGCUCCGUCAUGACAACGAAAUUCUUCGAGUCAGAAAUUAUGAACUCAAGAGGGAGCUAGAUGAGGCAUACAGAAAGCUCUGGAGCCUGGAGAUCGAGGGAGAUGGCCACAGAGGAUCUUGA